CAACCCCCAAACAACUGUAACUGAAGUAAAUUAUUGAUACUUUAUUUAAUUAAAAUAGUAUUUUUUGGCAUAGAUCUAGAAAAACGGGCCAGCUGAAAUAAUUCGAAUACUGAACUAAACCAGCCAAAUCCUAACCCAAAUCGAAAGACAGUUUACAUUGCUCCGUCUUUCUGUGCAGUUGCAAUUACAUCCCUGGUUUUGAAAUACAUCCUGGGAAACUUAACACAUCGAGUUUACACCGUUACGGGAACUUGUGAAAUGUCAUGACAUUUCAGAAACUGUGCAUUAGUGUAAUUACAAAGAAGAACCAAACUUGAGUUCGUGCUUGUAGUUGAUAACCGUGGAAAUAAACGUUGCAAUGCUGGGCGUGCCUUAUUAUGUUUGAAUGACUCGACGAAGUUGUGGCAGGAUAUUGUAAACUCCCACGACCUGGUGUUCUUGCAUGACAUUUGUUGUGUUACGAUUAAGAGGUAUAACAGAUACAGUGUAUUCAUAUUGGGUGCUUCUGUUCCUGAACUAGGCGACUUUUUACGUCUCGGAAGUUUCGGGCAAACGAACAGCAGGCACUGAUUUCUUUACUUGUAUAAUACACUUUUUUUCUUUAUACCGGCCAUGGUGAAGAUUGAGUUCGCUCCGAUAAAUAUUCCUUUCAACAGACGCAUGCAAACAGCUGCUGUACUGUAUUGGGUCUUCACCUUUCUUUUUCUGGCACAAUGUUGUAUGGGGGUGUAUGUUCUGGCUGUCCUGAGUGGGUACUGGCACUUUGCUGCUCUCUAUGGACUGUGGCUGUAUCUGGACUGGGACACACCCCAGACUGGGGGUAGGAGGUGUGCCUGGGUCAGGAAAUGGACAAUCUGGAGGCAUUUCCGAGAUUACUUCCCCAUUCAUCUCAUUAAGACCAGUGAUCUGGAUCCCAAGAACCACUACCUGUUUGGGUUUCACCCCCACGGAGUUCUUGUUGCUGGGGCCUUUGGGAAUUUCUGCACGGAAUACACAGGAUUCCAGGAGCUGUUCCCUGGUCUGACCCCGUAUCUUCAUGUGCUUCCCUUUUGGUUCCGAUUUCCUUUUUUUAGAGAGUACGCCAUGAGUGCAGGUCUAGUUUCUUGCUCCAAGGAAAGUGUGUCCCAUGUUCUGAGCCAGGGUGCGGGGGUCGCCUCUGUCAUUGUGAUCGGCGGAGCCGAGGAGUCUUUAGAAGCUCGGCCAGGAAGUCUGACUUUGCAAACACUCCACAGGAAAGGCUUCAUCAAGCUCGCUCUCAAACACGGGGCGCACCUGGUUCCAGUGUUUUCCUUUGGCGAGAAUGAAAUCUUUAACCAGCUGGAGAAUCCCGAGGGUUCCGUCGUUCGGAAUAUCCAGAACAGGCUUCGGAAAAUAAUGGGAUUUGCCUUGCCUUUGUUCCAUGCUCGAGGGGUAUUCCAGUACAGCUUCGGGGUCAUGCCUUUCAGAAAGCCUAUCUACACCAUUGUUGGGAAACCCAUUGUCGUGGAACAGAAUGCAAGCCCAACCACUGAAGAGGUGGAUAAACUACACCAGAGGUACCUGGAUGAGCUGAAAGGGCUGUUUGAGGAGCACAAGGCCCAGUAUGGAAUACCAGAACAAGGUCAUCUUGUCUUUAAAUGAGAGCUAAUUUGCAAAGCUGACAAAGUACAGGCUACUGAUUGAUUGUUUUAGGGGUUAUUGAACCCCCAUUUACCUAACAGAUCCGUGUCUUGUACCCUUAUAAAAGUUUCCCAUAGAAAAAGCACAGCAAACUGUAAUAAAGCGUAGUGAAAGCACGGUUAAGCAUUGUAAAGCGGAGAGUUAUCGUAAAGCAGAUUAAAAUGGCAAACCAUAGGAAAACUGCAAGCUUCCUGUUUAAUAUUACAAUGGUAAAGGUGCUUAGUAGAUCUAGUACAGUUGAAAAUCUUGCACACUUUUAGGCAGAAACAACAAAAUAAAGAACUAUAUAUCCCAAGUCUCAAUGAAUCGUGCAACAGUCCAGGGAUUUUAUACAUUGGAAUAGAGAAAUCAGUACGCAGCACAUACAGAAAACCGACGAGAUAAGUGCAAUAUAUGAUUGGUCUGGUUUUUUUUAUAAGUAUACUUUAUAUCUAUGCAUGUGUUUGUACUGUUAUUAUUUGAUUAUCAGUAGUAAUUAACUAAGUUUUUCAGUUCACAAAUUCAUACUUAAGAUGCAUGUUUUUUUUUUAAAUUGUCCAUUUAUUACACUGAGUCAGAAAAACUUUAUAAAUAAAAUAAAAGUUUACAGUUUCAGUUAACUUCAGAA